AUGGCCAUUGCAAGAGAAACUCUUAUUCUAACCCACGGGCACGAAUCUCCGACUGAACGCUAUUUUAUUGGCAUAUGGGAAAAGGAUAAAAUUAAAAAGAGAUUUAUAGAUUAUGGCCUUUAUUUACAAGUGCUCGAACUUUUGGACUCGAGUCAUUGCUGUUGCAUAGAUGUCUCCAGUUUACCAGUAUCCAAGUUGUAUUUCGACAUUGACUGCAUCAAAUGCAAAGCGGGAGCAUGUACUGGAUCCAGCUCGCCGAUUUCCCAACUAAAAUGUCUAAAAAACUUGUGUGCCCAAUUGACGGAAAUUAUAGGCAUUUUAAUCCCCGAACAUUGGCUGACGGUCGGCGUGAAGAGCGGCGUUGGCUGCGGAAUGCACGUCACGGUGGAUUUGUAUGUGGAUUUUGCGGCAAGACAUGUGAUAGUCUCCAAAAUGGAAGGCGCCGAUUUGGGUUACGGAUAUAUUUGCGACAAUCCCUCGAAUGUCUUGAUGCCCGGAGGCCGUGGUUACGAUUCAUUGUUGAAUUUAAAAAACCUCACCACCUACAAUAUACAACUGGAAGAAGCCAUAAAUGGCGCUAGUAUUGUAGUUACCAGUGAACAAUUGAACCGCAGAGAUCAUAUAUCGGUUCGUAUUCAAAACACUUCGUGCUCGUCGGACAGUAUAGAGUGGGUGAUGGAAAAUAAUCAAGUGGGUGGCUGUGUUUUUUUGAGCUCAGAUUCAGAUCAAAUUUUAAUAGUAUCACGUGUGAUGAUUUGGGAAAGAAUUAAAUCAUUCAUCAAUUUGUCCGACCCAAAGGUGGCAAUAAUUAGAUUUAGAAACAAGGCUAUUCCGGUGAAAUGGUUCAAUCAUUCCACGCUGGUGGUGUCCAAGGCGGUAGUGUCUCAGUAUCAAAUUAAAGACCACAAUAGCUUUGCUUGUACACAGUUGGCCGAGAUGCGAUUGACCAGGGUGGAUCGGGAUCAAGACGAAAUCAUAAACUCUGGGUGUAUGGAUACAGAAGAUGUUCGCCAAUAUUGUUCAAUAGAUGCGUUUAUGGAUGAUUAUUCAAAUUGGUCCCUCUCUAAAUCGGCCGCCAAUCCCAGUAAAAUGGUGGGUUUUACAGAACCUAAACGGUACCCCUACUCGGCCGACGAGAUCAAGUGGAUGAAGGAAUUUAAUUUUGAUAGCACCGGAAUCUAUAUAUCAAAUGCGCGGCGCACUCAACUUUUAACAUGUAUGGAAGCAAUGGACCUUUGGUGGCGACGCGAGGGAAUGGAGGUGGCUGCAGAAUGCGUUAAAUUUAUUGCACUAUUGCGCAAUACCGAUGGUAAAAAGACCAAGAAAAGAAAACUGGACCCGGCUCAAGUUUCCUCCACUAAAGACACAAUUACGCCGCCCAGUUGGAAAGAGUUGUUUAACUUGGCUAUUAAACAAAAUUCCAUUACGGCUUCGAUUUCGUUUAUCGUGAGAAUUGCACGAUGCACACCCGAAGAUGCGUGCCUUUUAACAAUGUUUGUGUGCGGACAAGUCGUACGAGAAAAUCCACAAAUUCAAUUUGUAUUGGUUCGUCUGGCCACGGCCAAUACUCAAUUGACAAAUUUCAUGUUGACUGGCUAUAAAGAAUGUGACUGGUUCUAUAUAUAUUUGAUGACACAAAUGUCGAUGAACGCCAUGACCCUGUUUAACCAACUGCAAAGUAUAGACGAGUCCCUUUUAGAGCGUCAUGUACCACUUCGCAAUCUCAUGUGCAAAUACGUACUAAAUUGUUCAAAGGCUGGUGAUAAAAUCAUCUAUUUCGACGGCGAGCGCAUGCAAAUGUCUUCGCACAAAAUUUUAAAAAAACUAGCCCUGCCUUGGCUAAAAUUACCCGAAUGCGAAUGCGCCUACUCGUAUAGAUGCAACUAUGGCAUAUACAAUCCAUACACUCGUGUGAUGGAAGCUAACGGCCCAUCUCUACUCGAGUUGGUUUGGCGAGUAUUCGGAACACCGUUCGAUCUUAUGCACCCAUCCAUAGCACUCUACGAAUACGCGUUCAAUUGCACCCUAAAAAUACCCAGUUUUAUCGAAUACCUACAGGCCACCACAUUUUACCAUACACUGGUGGCCCCUUUAUGGCCCGUGUACGAGUCGUAUCCGAGCACGCACGAAUAUUAUGGCAAGUCUAAUAAUAGUAUCGAAGAGUUUGCCGUGGCCACUUUUCAAACUCUCUUGGAAGACUUGACGGUGGUUAUUCAAAAACAAAACGUGCAUUCGAAGAUUUUCACAAAGCACAUUAUGCAAUAUCUAAACAAACUGCCCCACUUGAGGAAAUUAUUUCUGGUUAUGGUGGCCAUGGUAUACACGCUAAACUCUAAAUUCAAUGUGGCCUUUGACACACCCUCCAUGCUAAUAUCCAAACUAUUUGGAACUGAUUAUUGGCAAUGUAUUGGCACAAAAUUUCAUUGUUCCUGGAAUCAAAAGGACAACACGGUAUCAAAGGAGAGUCGCAUCGAUCAAUCGAGUAUUACCGACGAUAUGGUAGAGUAUUUUUUACCAGAGGAAUCCAACCUGGAACCACGACUGGAAGAAUCUACAGACAUGUGCAAUGUAGCUCUAAUUAGACGUCUCUUGAACAGUGAGACGAAUCAUCAAGAAGCGAUAAAAGGUUUCCAACAUAGUAUAAUGUCACAAAUUAAAGAUUUGAACAUGGACAUGGAGGAUUUGAUAGCGCCGAUAUUCGAGAGGCCCUUGAAUGUGGUCGACAAGAGACACAUUGAAUCUGUUAGCGAGACGCUAGAAUGUUUCAGACAGAUCAACAUUGGCCCGUUGUUUGCCGACGACGCAGAGUCGCGAUUGACCGGCAUUGAUGUGUCGCAUCAAGACAUCAACUUGUUUGUAUUAUUGGUGACGUCGUGGUUUAUACGAAUGGGCGACGAUCACCGGCUCAACAACACGCCCAUAUUCGAGUACAUAAACUCGUAUAGAAAAAUUUUGUAUACAGAAUUGUGCAGCUUGGCCGAUGAAUUGGUGCCUCAUGGUAAAAUCACUUGCCGCACCUCGGAUGAUUUGAUUCCAGUCUUUGAAGAAUUUGACAAAUCUACCGAGUUGACAACCUGCCCCGAAUACAACAAUGUCUUUAAUGUGGACACUAUUCUGGAAUAUUAUACGGCCCACUUGACUGACACGGAACGAAUUGCUGAAAAACAUAAACUUGUGCAAUACGUGAGCCCCGAAUCGAAAACAAAGAUUGUCUCUGCGCUAAUGGAAUUAAUUAGAUCGGCCAAUUACAAUAUGGACUUGUUUCUAGAGUUGAUAAAACUAUUGGGUUAUUGCGAAUAUUUGGGAAACCCGCUUAGAAUAGGAAUCAAUUUGUACGGAGCAUCGGGGUCGGGUAAGACCAGUCUAUUGGGCAUCUUGUCGAAAACGUUCAACUCCACCAUGAACGCCAAUUUGACAUCCAAACAAUUCAAGGAAUCUACCACGGGAGACAAUGACCCGAAUGCGAGAACAAUAGGGCUUAAUUUCAUCUGUCACAUGAACGAGGAAAAUAUGGUGCUAGUGUCUCGAUUCAAAUCGUAUAUCGAUGUCGGCAAAUUGGUAACCAGGGAUUGUCACGCUACCGAAGUUAUCGAGUUUCCCAUUAGAGCCAAAGUUGUGUUUUGCACCAACGAGCCCGUACAAGUGGAGAAUGCCACCGAUGAUGGCUUUUAUCAACGCUAUUAUCCCAUCCCACUAUCGUACACCUUCAAAGACUACGAAUCGGGCCUGGAUCGCUUGAUUCGACACCGAGUUGAAAAUUUAAUACCAUCUUUAUAUUUGGGCGGACAAUUACUGAUGAAUCUUCACACUAGCGGUCGUACUGUGAAUUUCUCAGAGAAAUUGGAAUUUUUUUCGAUGCACUUUUGCACACCAUUCUUCUUCAAUACCCUAACUCACCCAAUUCCUAAAAUUCAAACGUGCCACGUGCGGGACGAUUACAUCAAAUACUUUUCUCGCACAAAUCCCUUGAAAUUAUUCUCCAAACACGCUCACAUCGAGUACCAUCAUGUACCAAUAUCGGAAACUCGCCUUCAAGAGAUUUUAGAAAAGUGGUGGGAAAACAACAAAAAUCGUAUAGAGCACAAAUUUGGAUCAAAUUCUAGUUUUUCAAAGUGGCUCAAUAAAAUUGAUUAUUUUGGCAAAUAUAGGCGCAAUGAUCAAUACUUUAUGCGCAUCAUGUUUUCCAAUAGCUUUGAUGUAAACACAUAG